AUGGCUGCAAUAUUUAAUUUUGUUGUUCGCUUAGUGAGUACUGUUUGUGUACUCUUUGCUUCGUUUGCAACUGCCUGUGAUCGCUGCUUGCACCAAUCAAAAGCUGCCUACUUUUCCAGUGACCAACCACUUAAUUCUGGAGCUUGUGGCUAUGGUUCUCUGGCUGUAGGAUUCAACGGUGGCCGUAUUGCGGCUGCCGCGCCAUCGAUUUACAAAGAUGGAGCUGGCUGCGGUGCUUGUUUUCAGAUGAGAUGCAAGCAUGAAAAGAUCUGCAAAGAAGAAGGGACUCCGAUAAUAGUGACGGAUCGAAAUACGGAUAACAGAACAAAUUUUGUGUUGAGCAAAAGAGCUUUCUUGGCUAUGGCCAACAAGGGUUAUGGCAAUGACCUUUUGAAACUUGGUAUUGCUGAUGUUGAAUACAAGAGAAUACCAUGCGAGUACAUGAAGAAAAAGAACUUGGCCAUUCGUGUGGAGGAAUCAAGUCAAAAACCAUAUUAUUUGGCCAUUAAAUUCUUAUAUCAAGGUGGCCAAACGGAGAUCGUUACUGCUGACGUGGCCUCGGUUGGAUCAUCUAAUUGGACCUACUUGACGAGACUUUACGGGGCGGUUUGGAACACCAGUCGGGUCCCAGCAGGGGCUUUGCAGAUCCGGUUUGUGGUGACAGCUGGGUAUGAUGGGAAAUGGUAUUGGGCCAAAAAGGCCCUCCCUGUCAACUGGACAAAUGGCGUGACUUAUGAUUUGGGCCUCCAAAUUACAGAUAUUGCCCAAGAAGGAUGUUCUCCUUGCGACAAUUCAACCUGGAGACUGUCUACUCAGAAGCCUCUGCUUUAA